GUUUAUUAGCAAGGGAAGCAACUGGUGGCAAGUCAAACCCCACAGAUCAAAUGAUUUUCAUCAAAAGUUUACAAAUCAACAAGUCAGAAGAAUGAUGCAUUGAUGCAAAAAAGUACAUACGACAAAUUAAGCAGCCCUUGUUUGAACCCCGGAGAAUGUACUAGGCUUUCAUCUAAUUUGAUUCUGUGAACAAUGUUUGAAUAUGUCGCUGUGACAAUGGACUGGGAUCUACACCAAGAUGUGUAACUUUCUUAUACAUUCCAAAACAAGUGCCAUGGGAGCUACGGUGGUACUACUGGCAUGGGCCUGUAUACUAAGUGUGGUGACAGCACAAGAUGAAGUCAGCAUUUGUCAGUCUUUGGACUAUCGCGCCCUCACUAGGGAGCUACAAAAUGAACACCAAUGUAUGAUUCUUGAGAAAUUACAGCGUGACUUUGAGGCGGAUAAAAACUCACGAGAGAGUCUUCUCAAUGACCUUGUAAGGAGAAUAGACAAGCUAAGUAAAAAGAUUUCAAAACUCAGGAAGGCAAAGGAUGAUGAAAGAGAAAAACCCCUGAAAUUUUCACCAGCACUGAAGGGUGUACCACUUAUCCGAGAUUGUCAUGAACUGUUGAUGAAUGGUAUUACAAGAAGUGGAGUGUACUCAAUCAAAAUGCCACUGGGCCGUAUCCUGAAUGUGUGGUGUGACAUGGAAACAGACAAUGGCGGUUGGACAGUCAUCCAGCGACGCAUGGACGGUAGCAUUAACUUCACCCGGUUGUGGGAUGACUAUACAUUUGGCUUUGGUAACGCUAACAGUGAGUACUGGAUAGGAAACGAAAACUUGUAUCAGAUGACAACUUACUACAAUUACACAAUGAGAAUCGAUAUGUAUGGCUGGGACAAUGAUCACGCAUUUGCUGAAUAUGGCAUAUUUUUUGUUUCUUCUGAACAGAACGGUUUUCAGCUCAACAUCGGCAAUUAUCGUGGCACAGCAGGGGAUUCUCUAAAUUAUCAUAACGACAUGAAAUUCACCACAGAGGACAGAGAUAACGACAAAUGGUUCCUUAAUUGUGCCGCAAAAGAUGGUGCUGGAUGGUGGUAUAAGAACUGUGGCUAUUCUUCUCUAAAUGGCCUUUAUAUUCGUGAUGGAAACAAGACCAUAUCUCCUGAUGGAAUUAUCAAGGGAAUUAUAUGGUUUCACUGGAAGUGGCUUUACAACUACUCCUUAAGGAAAACGGAAAUCAAGGUAAAACCUACACUUGCCGUAAAGAUAGAACGUGAACUCUUCGCAAAUGUUGACGACUUACCACCGACGCAGGAGCCACCUCGGGAGGAAGUAGAAAUAGAACAUUUCGAAGAAGAGGUUGAAGAGGAGAUCAGAGAGGAAGAAAUUGAGCAAGACCUCGAUAUUCAAGGAUGAUAACUUAUUUAUACCAUGCCAGAAAAUAAAUAUUUCAGCAUGGCAUCGUUGUAAUUUUUUUCCAACAACAGAGGUGUGUUGAAUAGUGGCAUUCAUUUUGUUUUGUAUCAGAAUUUUGUGUGAACCCAAAUCUGAAACAACUGAUUGGCUUUAUUUUCCCCUUAUUAAUAAACAUGUAAAUCCUUCCCUACAGUAUGUCUUACUUUACUGUUAUAUUAAAAAUAAACUAUUUGAGGUAUCUUUAUCACUUAAAAUGAACAUUAAUCAUUUUUGCACGAUCAAACUUCAGCACAUUAUCAAUUUUUAACAACAUACUAUAAUAAUAAAUUUGUGUAUCCGCAACAAUUGCAAAUAUCGAAACUGUUAAGUAGCCCAAUCACAUCCAAGAAAAAUAUUUUUGACAUGGAAAGCACUAAAUUCAUCAAAUAUUUAUCUUUUUUAAAAAUUACUUUCUUAUUUCUGCUGGCUGACUGAAUCGGUUGACCUCAAAUUGAAGGUGCAUUUACUCUUGAUUGGGACUGAAGGGACAUGUAUUCUAUUGUAGGAAAAAAAUUAGCAAUAAAUACCUAUGAUAAUACAGACAUUGUAUAUAUUUAUAUAUAUAUAUAUAUAGGUAUCUCUAUAGCUAAUUUUAUAAUACACAAGAUUAUACAUGUGUAAACUGGAAUCAGUGUUAGGUAAUGACUAGAAGAUUCCUACCAUUUUAAACAACUACACUGUUCUACAAAAAGGAAGUUUGUUCUCCCACCCUAUAUCUGUAAGGAUGAUUACUUAAUUACUAAUUAAUUAUAUGCAUCAGUAAAGUAAUAUCUUUAGAGGUCAAUUUAAAAUUCAAAUUUAAUUUUGAGAGUAAAUGAACAAUUAUUCACAAACAUCACAGAUCAAAAGUCCAUUCUUAAAACAUACAUAGCUUGUACUUAAUUGAAAUUUGGAACAUGCAUCAGUGCAAAAACUGAUGCUUCCAGAGAAUAAGUAAAAAAGAUAUAUCUAUUCAUAUGUUUAUAUCUGAUGUUAAAGAAGAGAAAUGUGUUCUUAUGGACAAGAAGGAAAUCUUAACAAUCACAUAUGUCAUCAGUGGAAUGCUUUGUCAGUAUGCAAAAUUAGCUUUUACUUAUAGAAGGGAGAUAACUCUUCAGUGAUCAUUUUCUUCAUCUGCAAACUUUCAGUUUGUUCUGUAGUAAAUAAGAAUUUAGAUAUUGGAAUACUCCUUGGAUGUUUGAAAAUGUGACAUAUUUGAAUAUUGCACAACCACACAGAAGUAAAAGCCAUGUUCUAUAUUAUAUCAUUAAGUGAUGAAGAGUGAAAUAAGGGAAGUAACUCUAGAAGAUCAGUAUGUAUAUACAUGUAUGUGUACAUAAUUAUACAAUUUGUGAUGUCAUACAUACAUAAGGUCACAAAUUUGCAUCUGUAGCUAAAAUUCUGUGAAAGUAUUAUGUAUUUACAGGGGAAUAAUUUUGAGAGUUAACUCUUUUUUCCAGCAGCCUUUUCCUACAUUGAUUUGGAAACUAAUGUAGGAUUUUCUGAAAAAUUACGAAAGCAAUAUUUUUGGAUUUGGAUUAUCUUAUCUCUUUAACACACAUUUUGGCAACAAGUGAAAUGUUUUUGUCAUUAUGCAACCAUGAUCAAUUCUUAGAAAUGCUUGUUUAUUUUGAUGAUUUUAAAUGCUUGAAUGUCUUUAUUUUAAGUCUUACUUUGUGGUCACUUGUAUCAAUUUUCACCAUUUUAUCAUGAAUUAAAGAACCUUACAGAGCAA